UUAUUUUCAUCUCUGAAAGUACUUGGGGCCGGAUAGUUUGGUUUCCAUCUCAUGUUGAACAUCGCAAGGUUAAAAUCGGGCCAUCGGCUUUUUGAUGCACAUUGUGGGCGCCUGAAGCGCAAAGUUUUGUGUAGCGGCAUUUAUGUUCAGAAAAGACAAUACUCGAGCACAAACUAUUAUAGUGUCCUUGGGGUCAGUCAGAAUGCGACACAGGAUGAGAUUAAGAAGGCGUUUUUCGAAAAAGCUAAGAAGGUGCAUCCAGAUGUCAACAAGAACGACCCUAAUGCUCAGAAGCAAUUUGUCGAGAUCAGCACAGCGUACGAAGUGCUGAGAGAUGCAGACAAGCGAGCGCAAUAUGACAUGCAACUGAAGUAUGGAGGUGGACACGACUCAUAUAACGACAGUGGGUAUAGUUCUUACAGGCCUUAUCAACAAUAUCAGUCAAGGAGGUCAAGUCAGAAUUAUGCGCGUCCAUCAGAUAAAAUGGGGUUUGAAGGACAUAACUCAGAAGAGUUCAUGAGGUGGUAUCAACGCAAUUUCGGCGACGUAUUUCGGGAGUUUCAAGAUUUUUCAAGGGGAAACACGACAAUCAUUGAGGAGCGCCUACCAGAUGGGAGUUACCGUAUAAAAAUCAUCAAGACGUCGUCUAGGAGUUCCAGCCCGAAAAACUCAUUUUUUGGCGGCAACUCUCGAAUGGACUUUGAGCACGCGCAACAACAUACGAAUCAAACAAAAGGCCCGCAAAAUGUUUGGGACGGAGGAGGUCUGUUCAACGUGUUCAGAGAUUUUUUUAAAGAUUCGUUUGAUACGAAUGAGAAUAUUGGAUAUCAAGCUAUUGGAGUUGGUUCGUUUGAUUAUCCGUCUAGUUCGACGAUCGUUGAGACUUCUAGUGAGGCAGAGCCAUUUAGUGUCUUUUCACCGAACAACGAAGUAGUGGGAGGCAUCUCACAAAGAUGUCUAAGCGCCGAUCAGGGAUAUGUCUUGUCCUUUAUGGCGCAUUCUAGAGUAAUUGCGAAGGCCAGACUCUAUAUGAAGCAUGGGAGGGAGAGAAUAAUUAUUGAAGACGGAAAUUCGAAAAGGAUAUGCGCUAUUGAGCAGAGAGCUUCCAGUCCAGUUUCAAAUUCGCAACUCACGAUCAUUCAGCGGAUCAAGGAUCGUCUUUCCUCGUAUUACUCUAUUUUCAACGAGGCGAAUUCUUUGAUUGGAUACUUUUGUGUAUCUCCGUUCAGAAGGAGGAUCGAAUACUAUGACCUUCAGUACGGAAAGGUGGGCCACGCGACCAGAGAGGACUGUGAGACCAACUCGCUGGCAAGGCCGACGAUGGACAAGUGGAACAUCUCGAUCGAGAACACGAAAUGCUUAGAUCCUAGUGUGUACAUUUUUUCAACGGCGUUUAACACGAAAGAGAGCAGGAAAGCAGUUGUAGGACACUUGAGGAAAAUGUGGGAGAAUUUGACAGGUCGGAUUAAAUGA